UUCAGAGUGCAGCUGAUGACCUGUCAAGCCCCCCUCGCUUCGGGACCCCAUGAACCGGCAAAGGGGGGGAGGGCGUUGGGGUCUCCUCUGGGUCCCCCCUCCCUCUCAAAUACGGUUGGUGGGGACGAGAGAGAGAGAGAGAGAGAGAGGAGGGGUCUUCUCGGUGGUGGGCAGCCGAGGGAGAAGCAGGUCCAAGCGAUGGGUCUCCUGGUUCCGCUCCUGCUUUUGGCGCUGCUGUCCUUCGGGGCCAAAGCCGCUCCGGCCGGGCACGAGGUCACCUACCUUCCGGGACUGGCCAAGCAGCCCUCCUUCCGGCACUUCUCGGGAUACCUGGACGUGGACAAGGACAAGCACCACCACUACUGGUUUGUGGAGGCGCAGGGAGGCAAUGCGCAGGAGAAGCCCCUGGUGCUCUGGCUGAACGGGGGUCCCGGCUGCAGCUCCAUGGAGGGCUUCCUGUCCGAACACGGACCCUUCACGAUCCAGCCGGAUGGGGCCACCCUGGAGUACAAUGACUUCGCCUGGAACAAGCUGGCCCACAUCCUGUACAUGGAGUCCCCGGUGGGCGUGGGCUACUCCUAUUCGGACAGCCAGGACUACCGGACCAAUGACACAGAGGUGGCCCGUGCCAACUACCUGGCGCUGAAGGAGUUCCUCCGCCUGUUCCCGGAGCACAGCAAGAGGGACCUGUACCUCACGGGGGAGAGCUACGGGGGCAUCUACAUCCCCACCCUGGCCGAGUGGGUCAUGCAGGACCCCAGCCUCAACCUGAAGGGUCUUGCGGUGGGCAACGGCCUCUCCUGCUACGAGACCAACGACAACUCCCUGGUCUACUUCGCCUACUACCACGGCCUCCUGGGCACCAGGCUCUGGUCGGACCUGCAGAAGUUCUGCUGCUCGGGCGGGAAAUGCAACUUCCACGACAACAAGGACUUGAACUGCACCCUGGGUAUGGCGGAGCUGAUCCGCAUUGUGGACGAGUCCGGCCUCAAUAUCUACAAUCUCUACGCUCCAUGCGCCGGGGGAGUGCCUGGACACUACAGGUACCAGGACGGGGUGCUGGUCACUCAUGACCUGGGCAACAGCUUCACCCGGCUGCCGAUGCGCUACUCCUGGAGGCAGAACCUGCUGACCCUGCAAGCGGGGAAGCACCGUGUGCGGCUGGACCCCCCCUGCACCAACACCUCGGCCCCCUCCAGCUACAUGAACGACCCUCAGGUCCGGAAGGCCCUGCACAUCGUGGAUGACGCUCCCGAGUGGGAGAUGUGCAGCUUUGACGUCAGUCGUGGCUACAAGCGCAUUUACCAAAACAUGAAGGACCAGUACCUGAAGCUGCUCAGCACCUUGAAAUACCGCAUCCUGAUCUACAACGGGGACGUGGACAUGGCCUGCAACUUCCUGGGGGACGAGUGGUUCGUGGACUCCUUGAACCAGAAGGUGGAAGUGGCUCGCCGGCCCUGGAUUUACACGGAUGAAGACGGGCAGGACCAGAUCGGGGGCUUUGUGAAGGAGUUCACCAACAUCGCCUUCCUCACCAUCAAGGGCGCUGGACACAUGGUGCCCACCGACAAGCCCCGGGCGGCCUUCAACAUGUUUGAGCGCUUCAUCACCCGGCAGCCGUACUGAUGGGGAGCCCCACCCACCCACCCAUGCGCCCCCCACGGCCCCCCACUGCCUUCCUUCCCUCCCACUGGUGGAGACCCCCUUCCUCCCCCUCCCCCGGUGGCACCACUCUCCCUCCGCGGCCAUGCGGUCACUCACUCUGGACGUUGGCACGAGUUGGAGGGGUGCUGCCCACCUCAACCCGCUUCCCUAGCAAGGCCCACUUCACUGGUGGCCUUUGGGACACCCCCUCCCCUCCCCCCUGCACUUUUGCACUGAUCUGGGGCAGCGGGGGACCGGCCGCUUGACCCCUGCCUGCCUCUUCCCGGUCCCUGAGGGACCCUCCUCGGCCUUCUUCUCAGUCUGUCCAAAGAGGAAGGACGCCGACUCACCGAUGAUGAUGACAAUGACGACGAAGAUGACGAAUCGGAGGCCGCUCCUGGCCUUGGGGGCAAGACUCUCUCUGCUCCCGCGAGCCCUGAUUAAAACUUAUUUUUCCUAAAAGGA